AAAGGGAUCUGCAUCCAGUUGCUGCAGACUGCCCCGCAUCUGCCUGAGCUCCUGGUCCUGCUCCGACAGCCCUCAUCCGACAGGAAGAUGAAGCUCUCUGCAGUUGUUCUCGCUCUUCUCCUCAUCGCAUCCUCCUGCUCCCGAGCCUCCUCUGCCCCAGUGGGACCCGACGUCCCAACCUGCUGCACCUCUUACAUAAAACACAAGAUCCCACGGAACCUCAUCCAGAGUCACUACAGCGCCAGCACCAGCUGCUCACAGCCAGCCAUCAUCUUUGUCACAAAGAAGCGCGAAGUCUGCGCCAACCCCAGUGACCCCUGGGUACAGAGCUACCUGCGGAGCGCCAAGCGGGACUGAGCGGAGCCAGGCAGGAUGGGACACUGCUGCCAUGCCAGCCACAUCACCACGAGCUCCUGACAUGGAGCAUGGCUUCAGGACGGCUGCAUGAGCCUACGACUCCUGCUUGCAGCUCCCAGGGACUGCAGGAUGGGGUCCACAGACAUCUCGUGUCAGGUGCUGUUUGCACAGCCCACUCUGCAGCCCCAGCACACAGGUCGACACCUCUGCCUGCCUGCAGACUAGAAAGGCCCACGGCGCAUCUAUUGUUCUCAAGUUAUUUAAAAUUAUUUAAGAAAUUACCAUAAGAGAUAGGCAGUAUUCUCAUAUCUGGAUCAUAUUUAUGAGAGAGUGGCAGGAAGGGUAUUUAAGGGAGGGUGGCUCGGAGUCUCAUCUUCAGGGGAUGGGUGGCUCCGGCUCACGUGUAUGAAGGUGUUGUGGAGAAUAAAGAAUGUGG